AUGCAAUCUGAUAUUUAUUGUUGUCAUUUUCGUACAUUUGCAAGUGGUUUUCUAAUUGGAAAACAAAAAUUAUUCUUUAACUAUACUCAAACAAUUCAAUGUAAACCAAACAAAGAAUAUUUUAAAAUUAUUCAUGCUCCUGUAUAUCAUCUCAAAAAAUUGUAUACAUUACCAAUUUAUAAUGAAGAUGAAGAAAAACUUGAAUGGUCUAUUGAAUCAAUAUUAGAAUUCAAUGAAAGUUCGAUAUGUCCCAAUGGUUUCGAACGUAAAGACAAAUUUUGUCAUGAGUGCAAUAACUGUCAAUCUGAUGAAUGCGAAAAAGGAUAUCGAAGAAAUUUUGAAUCUGGAUUAUGUGAAGAUAUUGAUGAAUGUAUUGAAAAUACAAAUAUUUGUCAAUAUAUGUGUGAAAAUCAAAUAGGAUCUUAUCGAUGUUAUUGUCCAAUUGGAUUUAAAAUAAAUAAUUUAGGACAAUGUCAAGAUAUUGAUGAAUGUCGUCAAUUUCAAAUUGAUUGUGGUCAAGAUCGUAUAUGUUUUAAUACUCAAGGUGCUUAUGAAUGUAUAGAUAUUCCAUGUCCAAUUGGUUAUAUUCAUCAAAAUGAAAGUGAUUGUUUAUUAAAAUGUUAUCAACGUUCAUCAUCAUGUCGUCCUCGUCAAGCUAUUUAUAUUCGUCAUAGAUUUAUUGCUAUAUCACGAUUAACAUUAUCAAAUCGAACAUUAUUUUAUUUACCUAUAACUUAUCAAAAUAAAAGUUCAAUAACAAUAAUUAAUAGAAAUACAAUGAAUGUAUCUUUUCCUUUUAUACUUGAUGGUAAUAAUCUAAAAACAAAUCAAACAUUAAUUGAAUCAAAUGAAUAUGAAUUUGAAAUAAAUUUAUAUAAUAAUGAAUUCAAUGAUAAAUAUUUAUCUCAUCAUCAUCAUCAUCAUCGUCGUCGUUUACAUACAAUAUUUAUUAUGCGAAUUAAUAUUUCACCAUUUCAUUUUUAA